CAUCAAUGAUUACUGGGUUAGCCUUCCAUGGAAAUGGCCAACAAGCUCUGCAAUUAUUCGAAAGAAUGCAAGAAGAAGGCGUGAUGCCAAACAAAGUCACUCUGCUCGCUGUCCUAACAGCUUGCAGUCAUAAUGGACUCGUGGAGGAAGGGCUACACGUUUUCAACCACAUGAAGGAGAAAUUCGGCUUUGACCCUGAAACUGAACAUUACGGAAGCCUUGUGGAUCUGUUGUGUAGGGCAGGGAGAGUAGAGGAAGCUAAAGCCUUAAUGCUACAGAAGAUGCCAAUGAAACCAACUCAGUCAAUGUGGGGGUCAAUCUUAAGCACUUGUCGGGGAGGUGAAGACAUUGAAACCGCAGAGAUGGCUUUAACAGAAUUGCUUAAGUUGGAACCUGAAAAAGAAGGCGGAUACGUUUUGUUGUCAAAUUUAUAUGCAACCGUUGGACGAUGGGGAUAUUCAGACAAGACAAGAGAAGCAAUGGAGAGUCGCGGAGUAAAGAAGAGUGCAGGAUAUAGUAGUGUAGUUGGAGUAGGGGGAAUUCAUAGCUUUGUGGCUGCAGAGAAACAAAACCAUCCAAGGUGGUUGGAGAUAAAAGGAAUAUUGCAGCAUCUGCAUGAUGAAAUGAAGUCAAAAAAUUGGAUCUCUUGGACUUGUUGAUGAAAGCUCCGACGAGAACAAACGCCGGUGCUGGUUGGCUUACUGUGGGUGGAAAAAAAAAUCAUCCUCCUUAAAAGAGAUAUCGCUUCAUUUGGAUCAGCCUUAUCAUCAGUCAAUUCACAGACAGUGCUGACAACAAUAUCCAUAAAAAAGUUCUGUAUUUGAAGAUGAAGUUAGCGAAGGAAAAGUGGUAAACUCAAGAAGCCGUAUCUAAUGUUACUAUAUUAUCACAUACUUAACUGUCAAUGUGAAGUUUUCUGAACUUAAGAUCGUUAUUAAUUGUGAACCUGGCU